UCUGAUUGCUCUGCUGUGGGACUCUCUCUUCUGCAUGUGUGGUCUCCGCAGAGUAAGCUUUGGGGUAAGACACCCGAAACGGGGGAAAUCCAUCUCCUUUUUCAGUCUUCUCGGCAACUUUACGCAUGUGCCUAGCACCGCUCCGUUCCCAGCCCAAUCAAUAUCACAGCUAAUGGUGCUUUCCGCUCUUUGCGCACGACUUCACCCGCUUCCUAGCCGGCACGCAGGGCAGUAAAAGAUUUAAAUUUGAGCUGGGUGUUUGUCAGCCUCAGCCGUUUUGUUUUCCAGCUCUACAUACGCGCGGUGAUUAGUGGACACGUUCCGAGCCGCUGCCUAUUGAUUGUGUUAUAUGGAUGCUAUUGUAAGCUGUGCGUGCGAGAGCGAGUUGCGGCGGUUCGUCCAUGUGAGUUGCAGCUAAUUUCUUCCAUUAUAAUAUUACAUCCAGAGGGAAACCCCGUCGGCCAUUGGGCAUCCUGACAUCACAUGGACGCGCCGUCACGUGGUCGGAGAAGCAAUGGGAGGUAGGGGAGGAAAAGUGUGGGGUGGGGUGAUUUUUUGUGUAAAUCUAGACAGUAACACCCCGCCAAUAAUUCACGGUCCCUCGUAAAAAGCCGACAUUAAACCGCCCCGGGCCUACAAAUCAUCAGCGCCAAAUUAUGAGUUCGCUGUACUUCGCCAACGCGCUGUUUUCUAAAUACCAACAAGCUGCCGCGAGCUGCCCCGCUCUGCUCUUCACAGACUCUCCAACUUCUCCCUCCCCGACUUCCUCUGCUUCUCCUGCCGCGUCUUCUUCGUGCGCCCUCGUGUCCAGCGGAUAUCAACACCACCAUGUCUCCAGUGAGAGAGGCAGAGGUAGGCUCCCGUUCCCUCCCUCUUCUUCCACUUCUCCUUCUUCCUCCUCCUCCUUCCCUUCCUCCUCUUUCCCUUCAUCGUUCAGUUUAUCUCUUUCGGGACUAAACGGGAGCACCGGGGGUACUCAGCAUCCUCUCAACCCCACAGAAGUGCGCACAAGAGGCGCUUAUGGCUCGUCCGGAGCUGGGCCGCUGUGCUCUUCUCUGCAGGGCUACCCCGCCGAGAGAUUCCACGCUCGGCCUCAGUUCUGCUCACUGGCUGCGAGUCUUCCUGAGGCGGCCUGCAGGAGGCAGAAUAGCCCGGAGCAACAGCAGCUGAACGAUGAGAGGCUGCGGAUUUACCCCUGGAUGAGAAGCUCAGGUCCGGACAGGAGGAGAGGCCGGCAGACCUACACGCGCCACCAGACGCUCGAGCUGGAGAAGGAGUUCCACUUCAACCGGUACCUCACGAGGAGACGGAGGAUAGAGGUGGCGCAUGCGCUGGGCCUCACCGAGCGGCAGAUCAAGAUCUGGUUCCAGAACCGGAGGAUGAAGUGGAAGAAGGAGAACAAGGGCGGCUCCCCAACGGCGGCACCUGGAGAGGAAGAGGAGGAGGAGGCUGAGGAGGAGGAGUGACAGCAGAGACUCGACUGGACGCUUUGACAUCAGCAGCUGCUCUUAUUUCACAGCAGAAAUAAAAAGUGACUUUAGCUCUAAAGUCAUCAGAGAACCAACUCCAGAAGGAGCAGCUGAAGCUACAGCCGCUGACUUUUCUGAUCCUCUGACAUCACAUCACAUAUGAAACACAAGCAUCACAGUUCCUGCCUCUGUUUCCUGCUCAGAGUGACAGAACCACAGCAGAGGAGGAACCAGAAACCAGGAAUGUGAUGCGCAGUAAACGUUCUUCCUGUCCAGUCUUUUCUGUAUAAAAGCACCUCAGCAGCAAAAAGGGACGAGGUGAGUUCUUCUGGACAGAAAUCUCUCUGCUGGUGUUCAGCUGAUCUGUGCAGUUAUUUGGAAUAAACCAGAUUUUUGUCUGAGUGUCUGCUGACCAUCCACAGCCACCGGGGAGCAGGACGAACUCUGAGCGGAGCUACUUCAGAGUUUUGUUUGUUUUUGUUUUAACCAUUUUUUCUUAAAGCAGUCCCAACAUGUAACCGUGUUUUCUAUGAAUUUAAUUUUCUGUCUGAUAUGAAUAAAGAUCUCUGUGGUCUUA